AUGGUAUUCAUCCCUACUGAAAGUCCUCCUAAGGUGCAAACACUCGUUAUGCAUGAGAUUCAUGAUACUGAUGGUGAUAUGAUAAAGAAGAUGAAUAUUAUGCAUGAUAUUCCCAUAGAGAUUGUGAGCGAUAUUGCACAUAUUGAUGUUGUCCCAAUAGAGGAAAAGAAUAAAAUAGUGAGGCAUUGCUUAGUGGAGGGCCCAAAACAAAGGAGUGUGAGAGAAAUCCUUCUAUUGAAUGAUUUUGACAAGAUUGAGAUGAAACUACGGACACAAGAAUAUAAAAAGCAACAAGGAAAUAAUUUGAGGGAAUUUUUCAAGUCAUCUAUUGAUCCACAUGCAGUCAGUUACAUUAAAAUUUAG